AUGAGUAUGAAUUCGUCUCGCUCUGCGGGAUCGUCUGGCCAACGAUCGAAACGAAGCUUCAAUUCCAACUCUUCGAACCACUCCGCUAACAGUAACUCUAAGAAGAAGAAGACGACCAACCAGAAAACCCUAGGCGCAUCUUGGGGCGCCAAUUCUCUCUCUUCCUCUCGCUCCUCCUUCAAGAAAUCCCCAUUCUCCGAUUUCGGCAGUUACAUGGUAGAGAAGAACAGAAAACUCCAUAAUCAGUUUGAUAGUGAAGCUUCGAGUUCUUCGCAUAAUGGUUUAAAUACCGGGAAGAAUAUUUUUCGCGGGGUGUCUAUAUUUGUGGAUGGUUACACGGUUCCUUCCAGUCAGGAACUGCGAGGCUACAUGCUGAACUAUGGUGGAAGAUAUGAGAAUUACUUUUCGAGACAUCGUGUUACGCAUAUCAUUUGCAGUAAUCUUCCUGACAGUAAAGUAAAAAAUUUGAGGUCUUUCAGUGGAGGGCUCCCGGUGGUGAAACCCUCCUGGGUGUUAGAUUCAAUUUCUGCUAACAAACUCUUGAGUUGGGUUCCUUACCAACUUGACCAGCUUGCUUGUAACCAACCGAGGUUGUCAGCCUUCUUUGCUCCAAAAAUAAUCCAAGACUCUGGCGAUGCUUUGAGAGAUGCAGCUAAUCAAGUAAAAUACGAAAAUGAGGAUACAUCUUUGGUGGAAGCCAGAUUGGAAGAUGCUGACGAAUCUGAAGUGUGCAGGUCCACUGAACACAGAUGGCAAAUUAGUGGAGAAUCUGAUAACGUGAUGUUUGAGAAAAACAAUGAAGAAUCUGGUCAGGAGCUACAUAUUAGUAGUGUAAAAGAUUGUGAAAUGAGAAUAGUAGAAAUGACUACUUCGGCUGCAGAAGAUGAUGGCAGUGUAAAAGAUGAGCUUCAAUAUAGUACCCACCAAACAUCUGCGUCGCUAGCAGCUGCCGCUUGCCAACCUCUUCAAAUGCUGGGUCUAAUCAAAGUCAUUCAACUCUUGGGGAUCCCAAUUUUGUGGAAAACUAUUUCAAGGGAAUCAAGGAAGUUGCGUAUGAUGGGUGUUUCAGGCUUAGUAAUUGAGAUGAAACUAACGUAUUUGCUCAUACCGUUUGAGAACCUUCCAAUGUUGAGUUAUAUCUGUCAUAUGGUUCUAGUGAGCUCAAGGCUGCACUUCAUAGGAACAUGGAGAAAUCGGUAUCGUAAGCGCUUUCCCAGAUCUUCUAAAGGGUUUAAGAGCACAGAGCCUAAUCUUAGUGCUUCUGCUAGUUCCACUGCCAUUAUACAUAUUGACAUGGACUGUUUUUUCGUGUCAGUGGUCAUCAGGAAACGUUCUGAGUUGAAGGAUAGGCCUGUAGCUGUAUGCCAUUCUGAUAGUCCAAAGGGAACUGCUGAAAUUUCAUCUGCGAACUACCCUGCUCGAGAUUAUGGAGUGAAGGCUGGGAUGUUUGUUAGAAAUGCCAAGGCUCUUUGUCCACACCUUGUCAUUAUUCCAUAUGAUUUUGAAGCUUAUGAGGAGGUAGCUGAUCAGUUCUAUGACAUCUUGCAUAAGCACUGCAAUAAAGUACAAGCAGUAAGCUGUGAUGAAGCAUUUUUAGAUAUCACAGACGCAGAAGGGGUAGAUCCUGAGGUGUUAGCUUCAACAGUAAGAAAAGAGAUCUUUGAGAAAACAGGAUGCACUGCAAGUGCUGGCAUAUCCAGAAAUAUGCUCAUGGCUCGUCUUGCCACUAGAACGGCAAAACCAGAUGGUCAAUGCUACAUUUCUCCUGAAAAGGUGGAUGAUUAUUUACAUCAACUUCCAAUCAAAGAACUUCCCGGAAUAGGACACACUUUAGAGGAGAAGUUGAAGAUGCAAAAUGUUCAGACAUGUGGACAGCUGCGUAUGAUUUCAAAGGACUCUCUUCAAAAGGACUUUGGAAUGAAAACUGGGGAGAUGUUGUGGAAUCAUAGUAGGGGCAUAGAUAAUCGGCUAGUUGGGUUGAUUCAGGUUUGGAAAAGAACAUACCUUGGAGAUCAACUGCUUGCUUUCUAUAUUUAUGUUUCAUAUGACCCUGUUCUCUUUCCAACUCUCCUCUUUUGCAUUGAAUUCCCCACUCCAGUUCUGCAAGAGCAAUUUUUAGUCAGUACUUCCUCUCAAAUCUUUGCAAGGAGGUUUCUUUUGCGCUUGCAAGGAUGUGGAGUGCUGGGGCGUACUUUUACCCUUAAGAUUAAAAAAAGAAGAAAAGAUGCAGGGGAGCCAGUGAAGUAUAUGGGCCACGGAGACUGUGAAAACUUGAGCCACUCUGUCACGGUUCCAGUUGCUACUGAUGAUGUGGAAGUGCUUCAGAGAAUAGCAAGGCAGCUCUUUGGGUCUUUCUCUAAAGAUGUUAAGGAGAUUCGGGGCAUUGGCUUGCAAGUUUCCAAGCUUGAGAAUGCGGAUACUUCAAAGCAAGGUUUUGGAAAAAAUUCUUUGAAAUCAUGGCUCAUGUCUGCCUCAAGGAAUACAGAAGAGCAAUCUAAUUUCCAUUCUGUAGCUGGGGAGAGGGUGAAUGUAGCUUUCACAGUGGAUCAUCUUACAGAUUGUGAGGAUCGGAGAACUGAUGGAACUUCAGGGCAGUUAUGUGAUGAUUCACUUGGUAUUCAAACUCCAGUAGGCAAUCAUCAGUCUAGUGGUGAACCUACUCUGAACCAGGUUUCAGCACCACCGCCUUUAUGUCAUCUUGAUUUGGGAGUUAUUGAGAGCCUUCCUCCAGAAAUAUUUACAGAACUAAAUGGAAUCUAUGGCGGGGUGUUAGUUGAUUUUGUUGCUAAAAAUAAACGAGAAAAUACCAGUGCUACUGUGUCACAUAAACAAGCAAAUGGUGCAAGGAAUGGGGGUGGGAGACCUCUCUUUAGUGAUGUGGUCCCCGGGAAUGAAAUAGCAGUAGAAAACCAGCAAUCAGUUGUGGAAAAACAAGCAAUUCCUUCUUCUGUGGGAGAGUCCUAUCAUGUGGCAGUUUCCACAUCAGGUCCUGGAAACACUGAUAUCAUGCCUUCAUCUUUAAGUCAAGUAGAUACCUCAGUGUUGCAACAAUUGCCUGAAGAACUGAGAGUUGACAUACUUGAGCAGCUUCCUGCGCACAGGAGACAUGACGUAUCUUCAAGUGCUGCGUUGGGCCCUCUUGUAGAAAAGCCUAUCGAAUCAUUAGAUGUGAGUAAUGGGGAUCAUUCUGGACCAAGUGAUCCUGCUUUGAACCACACACUUUGGAUUGGAAACCCUCCUGGGUGGGUUGAUGAGUUCAAAUCCAGCAAGUGCAUGGUAUUAAAUAUUAUUGCUGAGAUGUAUUACAAAUCAGGGUCAAGUGGAAAUUUAUCUGCAAUUCUGCGAAAUACUAUCUUGGAAUCUCAUUAUCCUCUGGAUUCAAGUUCUGACAGUUGGAUUGAAGCUGUAUACAGCUUCUCUGAGCUUCUCAGGCAAUAUAUUAAGUCAAAGAUUGACUCAGAUAUUGAAGAGAUCUAUGUUUGUUUUCGUCUUCUUAGAAGGUUUACAAUGAAUUCAAAAUUUUUCUUACAAGUAUACAACAAUGUCUUUCCUUAUCUUCAGGCAUCUGUCACUGAGAGCUAUGGAGGAAACUUGCACAUUUAG